AUGAAUCGGCCAUGUCGCUCACUCCGGAAGACCAAUCAAGAGUUAUGGUCAGGCCUGGAGAGAACACCACCCAUUGAUAAGCAGCCUCCUCCCAAGAAGCGUAAGAUCGAAGGCUUUGCAACGGCUACAGCAAAAAUGCAACAACGUCACCAAGAAGAAGCGGCAGAGAUGUCGCAACUCACCAACGAACUUACGUCCCUCCGAAACGACACUGCCUCUAUGAUACAACUCAAGCGUACCAUCAGAGAGCAAGCUCAGAAGAUCGAAGUGCUCACUCGCAAGUCGGAGGUGCGAGCCGAAAAGGACACCCUCGAAAGACAAGCUGAAAAGAUCGACAUGCUCAAAGAGGAAAGCCGCAAGUGGAAGGAGGAGUACGCUAGGCAGGUCGAGCUUGCUCGGGAGCUAAGGAAAUCGGUCGACCAUACAAAGAACGAGAAGAAGACUUUGGAAGAUCGUCUCAAGCAUGGGAGGAGAUCUCAUGAAGAGCUUCAGCAGGCCUUGUCGCGGGAAAAGAACGAGCGGCGGGUAGUCGAGCAAAGGCUGCAGCAGCAUCUGGCUUUGUGUAAGGCACCUGCUGAAGCUUAUGACUAUUAUGGAAGGCGACUGUGGUAA